AUGGAGGUGACGCCCAUCGAGGCCUUCGACGACACCGAUGGCGCGGCGCGGGCGCAGCUCAACGACACCGAUGGCGCGGUGCGGGCGCAGCUCAAGGCCGAGCUCAAGGCGGAGAUUUUGGCCGAGCUGGACGCGCAGGAGCUGCGCGGGCCCGAGCUGCUCGACGUGGCGCGCAGCAUCAAGCCCACGAUCAUGGGCGAGAUGGGCAGCUCGAGCGUCAUGCGGAAGCGGCUUUCGACGAUGGCGCGCGUCGAGACGGGCGAGGACAAGGUGCCGUCGUUCCAGCCCUUGCACGAGCGCACGGACGCGUCCUACUACUUCCGCGUGGAGACCAUGGUGCUCUACGACCCGACGACGUGGCGCGUCGCCAUGCACUGGGUCCUGGUGUGCCUGUCGGUCCUGCUCCAGCUGCUCGCGCUGCAGACCGUGUGGCAGGCGCUCUGGUACCCCUUCGACUUCAUGAAGUGGGGCUUGUCCGUCGACGAGGCGCGACGCUACUUCCACUCGGGCAUCGCCUUCCCGGCGAGCUACCGGAAGCUGUUCCACUACGCGGACGACUCGUCGCUCAUGGGCGUGCCCAUCAUCGUCUUCGGGCCGCUGUUCUUCUGCGUCUUCGUACUCGUCAUGUCGACGACGGACGAGGAGGCGUCGUGCAAGGCCGGGUAUCUGCUGCUGCGGCGCGAGGUCGCCGCGGCGGACGCGCGGACGGCGAAGGUCCGUCUGGUGGCGUGCUACCUGCUGCACGUCGUGCGAUUGUCGCUCGUCUGGUAUUUUUACGACAUCGCCGCGCAAAUUUUGGGCACGUCCGACGGGCCGUUCAAUCUGCUGCUCAACAGCCUCGCGACGGCCUUCGUGCUCGAGAUCGACGAGGUCAUUUUUGUGGUCAUGCCGAGCCACAACUUCUACGGCGUCGAGCACGCGGACCACCGGUCGCGCUACGCGCGGCGGCUCCGGCUCGCGCGGAACCGGUUCCGCGACGCCGUCGCGGCCGUGGAGCGGGCGCCGCGGAGCCUGCGGCGCCUCUACGACGCGACGUCCUGGCUCUUCCCGCUCGGCGUCGGCGGCUGCGUCUUCCAGAUCACGCUGCUCAUGCAGCACUACACGUCCAAGGGGAAACUGAUCGUCGUCGACGACGACUCCUACUUCGGCGCGCACCACACGCAGCUCACGAAGAGCUACAACUGGCUCGUGUACGGGCUGCUCGCCGUGAUCCUCGUGGAUCUGGAGGUCGCGGUGUUCGUCGUCGCCGCGGACGGCGGCGAGUCCUCCAAAGUCCGCGACGCCGCGGUCGCCGCGCGCGGCGGCGGCGCGCGCGGGCCGCGGGCGGCGGCGGCGUCGCUGGCCUGGCUCCUGUUCACGGGCGCGGUGCUCGUCGUCGCCCGCAUCGUCGUCGUGCGCUGGGUCCUCGGCAACCUGCUCCCGUUUGGCAUGUCCGCGGCGUCCCUGCCGCUCGACUUCUGGGACUCCGUGGACCCGACGCCGAACCGCCCGGAGGACCGCUACGACUACGACUACGACUACGGCGAGGCCGCGUACGGCAACGGCGCGGACUACGCGUACGGCGGCGACUACGCGGGGUAA